AUGGAGGACCGGCAGCAAAUGGACGCCACGCUCGCGGCGGUGACGCAGUUCCUAAGCGAGUACGAACCACCAGCCGUCGCGAACGCGGUCGCGCAACCACAGGCGCCGCCUGCCGUGGACGAGCUGCUGCUCGCGAGCCAACUGCUGGUAACGGCGACUGAAGCGUCCCUAGCUCAGAGCUCCGUUAAUUUGACGCCCGGCACGGACGAGACCACGUCAGAUAGCGACCGGAACGCGGCGCCAUCGAACCCGCGACUGACGGCAGCUGAACGUCGUCGCAAGAUCACCAAUGCGCAGGCGGCCAAGCGGCGGGUCAAGUAUCUUAAGCGCGUCAAGGACAAACGCGAGACGUUGAAGCGUCAGGCUCGAGAUCUGGCCGAGGAGCUCCAGCGGAUGAAAGAUGCUCAAGAGAAGGCAAGACAAGAGGCCGAGAAGGCCGACGCCCUGGCUACGAGUGUAUGGCGGGCCACUUGCGUCCGUCAUAAGGAACGCCGGAUGGAUUCCGAGGAGCAGCAGCGACGUCUCAAGGCCGCGGUGAUCAGUCGAGGCCAACUCAUCCAUCAGAUGCACUCGCUACUGCAGCAUCGCCUAGCGAACAGCCAACUUGAGAGUCUCAUGCUGCUGGAGGGCAAACCGUCUUGUGGAUGGGAGAAGAAGGGCACGGCGCUCUUCAAGACGUUCGUACACGAACUGGACGCCAUCCACGCGCAGACGGACGAGGUGAUCGAGAACUCGGACGUGAAAUUCUCGUCCUCGCUCAUGUACAAGCGGACGUGGAAGUGGAACCAGACAAUGACGUUCCUGGAGAGCGCGGACGCGACUGUUAUUCCCUUCGGCUUUGAGCAAUCGAAACACGCGGUGACGUUCGCGAUGCUCUCCGAUCCAAGGGAAAACCCUCAUAGCGAGGGUAUCGAAGACCCCGAGAACACAACAAUCUCUACGUAUCGCUUAAACUACUCGUGGGAAUCGGGUGAGAGCGUGUCUUUCGUCGUGUAUUGCGCGAUCCGGAGAUACGUCGAAGCAGAUCGCGUGGUGUUCGUGUGGCGAGCUCGGAGUGAAGGACAAGGCGAGUUCGACGGCUUGGCUAUGGAUGAAACCGUGUGGGUCGUGGUGCGUCCGUCGGAAGCCCACACUGACGAGAACCCGGCGACGGUCUUCGAGAUCUACACACGGUUAGUACCGACCGGAUUCGGCGGACCUCACGUACCUCAUAGGUUUGUCAAGAUGUUUGUGCGCUCGGACGAGGAAGACAUCACGUACAUGAUGCGGCUACUGGAGAAGUUGCUGAUCCACCAGAAGCCGAACGAGCAAUCUGUAUCUGUUUAG